AUGACGGUCCUUGUCGCCCACGUUGCUGGACUUGUCCGCAGAGCACAAGCUCCUGAACAGGCAGGUAUCUUCGCCGGCCAGAAUCCCGCGACAUGGAACAAGUCGGAUCCCCUUCGUUUGUGGAUCAUCCAGCUUGUUAUUAUCAUUGGCAUGACCCAGGUCCUCGCUCUCUUCCUCUCUCGCAUUCGCCAGCCUCGCGUCAUCGCAGAGGUCAUUGGGGGCGUCAUCCUCGGCCCGACCAUCAUGGGCAGGAUACCCAACUUCACGAAGACUGUCUUUCCCCCUGAGUCCAUCCCCGGUCUCGCCCUCACCGCAAACAUCGGACUCGUCCUCUUCCUCUUCCUCGUGGGUAUGGAAAUAGACACCCGCGUCAUCCGGCGCAAUGCCAAGGCGUCCGCGAUCGUCUCAGUCGCCGGUCUUGUCAUCCCCCUCGGACUUGGCGCGGCUGUCGCUGUACCCAUCUACCACGAAUUCACGGAUGGCUCGUCCCCUUUCGGUCUCUUCGUCCUCUUCGUCGCCGUCGCAGUCGGAAUUACCGCCUUCCCCGUGCUUUGCCGCAUCCUUACGGAGCUCAAGCUUCUCGACACCACUGUCGGGGUUGUAGUUUUGUCCGCAGGUGUUGGUAAUGAUGUGGUCGGAUGGAUCUUGCUCGCGCUUACCGUCGCGCUCAUCAACGCGUCCAGUGGGCUGACGGCACUCUGGGUGCUUCUGAGCGGUGUUGCUUACGUUCUCUUCGUAUGCUUCCCGGUCAACUGGGGCUACCGAUGGGUUGCGAAGAAGUCCGGGAGCCUCGAUGCUGGAGUGCCCUCGGCGAUGAUGAUGACUGUCACGGUCGUCUUGGUCUUCAUCUCGGCCUUCUACACGGAUAUCAUCGGCAUUCACCCUAUUUUUGGCGGCUUUAUCGCCGGCUUGAUCAUACCCAAAGACAAUGGAUAUGCCAUUGCGCUGGUAGAGAAACUAGAAGAUCUCGUGGCGAUUGUUCUCCUGCCCAUCUACUUCGCACUCUCUGGGCUGAACACCAACUUGGGUCUCCUCAAUGAGGGUAAAACUUGGGGUUACGUCUUCCUCACUUGCACCGUGGCUUUCUUUGCCAAAUUCUUGGGGGCCGGUAUUGCUGCAAAGCUGGCUGGGUUUAACCUCCGCGAGUCCAGCGCAAUCGGGGCUUUGAUGAGUUGCAAAGGUCUUGUCGAGCUCAUCGUACUCAAUGUUGGUCUGGCCGCAGGUGUUCUCGACCAGCGUACCUUCUCGAUGUUUGUACUGAUGGCGCUCAUCCUGACAUUCGUCACCACGCCUCUCACCAUCCUCUUCUACCCUCCGAAGUACCGCGUUCACGCCGGUCAAAUCCCCGUGACACGUGGCGAGUCUUCUGUAGAGGCUGGAGGAACCGCCGACCAAAGCGAGUUCAAGGAGCUGCUCAAGACGCGGUUCUCUGUCGUUGUGGACAAGAUUGAUCAGCUCCCGGCUGUCAUGACCCUCACCCAACUACUUCAGCGUCCCACUCCGCUCGUCUAUGCAUCGCUUCAGUCGUCCACCAACAUACCCGACGAGAAAGCUUCUGAGGCUGGCGUUCCUUCUUUGGCUCACAGCACCCGUCCGCGUAUGGACACGAAGAUAACCAUCAACGCCCUCCGCCUCAUCGAGCUCACAAACCGUACGUCGGCUGUCCUCAUGUCCCAGGCCGCGGACGCCCUCCUUCACAGUGACCCUAUCCUCGCGAUCUUUAAAACUUUCGGGUACCUCAACCGGGUCGCUGUGUCCACCGCCCUUGCUGUCGUUGGCUAUGAUGACUUCUCGGAGAACAUCGCCGAGCACGCGCGGAACUCCUCCAGCCAGAUGGUUAUCAUCCCCUGGACCAGCGAUGGUGCGUCGAUCGACGACGUCGCGAAGGCUCAUGCGGAGAACGAGUCGUCCGGCCCCUCAACUUCUCCCUUCGAUGUGCUCUUCCAGCAGAAGCGUGAGCGGGACCACAACGCGCUCUCUGCGAGCUCGCACUACCUGAGGCGCGUGUAUGCCGAGGCGCCCGCCGACGUCGCGCUGUUCUGGGAGCGCGGGUACGCGCAGGGGUUGGACGGAGACGUGCGGUACGAGGUGUUCAUGCCAUUCUUUGGCGGGCCGGACGACCGUGCGGCGCUCGCGUUCGUAGUGCAACUGUGCAUGAGCCCUUUGGUGUCGGCGAAGGUUGUGAAGAUGAAGAAGGUGGACGGCGAGCCGAUCGUUCCGGUGGACUCGAUUGGGGAGAUAAAGGCGAACUUGCACAAUACCAUUCACAGCACUGUUUUCCCCGACACUGUUUAUGGCGCGCAGAACACCGAGGUCGCGCUCGCUUCGGAGACGGCUGACAACCUGCUCUGGGCGAAGGUCACGCAAGACACAGCCCCGGAGUUCGCGGAUGCUCUCUCGCGCAUCUACUUCUCGGAAGAGGGCUCGCCUUCGCCCCUCCAAGCCGUCAUCGACCUCGCCACGAAGCAAGCCCGCCCUGAUGCGCGGCAGCUCGUCGUCGUGGGCCGCUCCCGCCGGAUGGCGGUCGAGAGCCACCGCGCGGAGCUGCAAGUGCUGUACGCCACGCGCGGGGGGCCGCUUGGGUCGGAGCUGCCGAAGACGUUGGGCGACGUCGCGGCCGGGUUCGUCGCUGCGGGCUCUAGCGCGAGCAUGCUGGUGAUGCAGGCGGCGCGGCGGUAG